AUGGUAAAUGCACGAUGCUCAAAACAUUUUCCUAAGAGAUUUGUUGAGAGUUCUAUAUUUGAUGACGAUGGUUACCCGGUAUAUAGAAGGAGAGACAACGGCAAUAUAGUUACAAAGAACGGGAUCGCGUUGGACAACAGGUAUGUGUCACGCUCAAUCAAGUAUCUGUUCAAGUAUGUUAACAAGGGUCAUGAUCGGGUAACAGCCGAAUUCUACAAGACAACCAGUGAUGAAGAAAAUGGGAAAGCCAUAGAUGAGAUUAAUAUGUACUAUGACUGUAGGUACAUAUCCCCAUGCGAAGCAGUCUGGCGUUUGUUUGGUUUUGAUAUACAGCUUAGGGCUCCUUCAGUGGAAAGGUUAAGCUUUCACCUUCCCAAUCAACAGAGUGUGAUAUUUGCAGAUGAUGAUCCUGUUGAGAACAUUGUUAAUAAACCAACAAUAGCACAGAGCAUGUUCUUAGAAUGGUUUGAGGCGAAUAAAACUUUCCCUGAUGCAAGAGAGCUUACUUAUGUUGAGAUGCCCACAAGAUUCGUUUGGAGAAAGAUUUAUGAAGAUAUCAGGACUGUAAAUGGUGUCCACUAUGACUCCUUUCGAGACGCGUGUUAUGCAAGAGGUUUAGUUGAUGAUGAUAACGAAUAUGUUGAUGCAAUAGAUGAAGCCAGUCAUUGGGCGUCAGCAGAUCAACUUAGGAGAUUAUUUGUUACAUUGCUAAUGAGCAGUUGCAUGGGUAAACCAGAAAUAGUUUGGUAUGUUGUGUGGCCACAUUUGUCAGAUGAUGCACAAUUCCAUGUCCGCAAACAAUUGCACAAUAGAGAUUUUGUGUUGACCGAAUCUCACAAGAUGAACUUUGCUUUAGUGGAGAUUGAAAAACUAUUAUCUAUUUAUGGGAAGAGUUUGAAGGACUAUCCUGAAAUGCCCACGGCGAAUUUUGCUGCCUUAAAUGUUAUAUUGAACAGGUUUAUACAAGAGGAAUUAGCAUAUGACAGUGUGGAACAAGAGAAAGAGAACCAGGAUUUGGUAAGGCAACUAACUGAAGAGCAAAAGGUCAUAUACAAUGAGGUGUUAACCGAUAUUGAUCGCCAAGCUGGAGGGUUAUUCUUCGUUUACGGUUAUGGAGGGACUGGAAAGACGUUUUUGUGGCGUGCAUUGUUCUCCGCAUUAAGGUCUAAGAGUGAAAUAGUGUUAAAUGUUGCAUCCAGCGGUAUAGCUUCGCUUUUGUUACCAGGUGGGAGAACUGCACAUUCUCGGUUUGCCAUACCGAUAUCUAUUAAUGAAGAUUCCACUUGCAACAUAAGUCACGGCAGUCAACUAGCAGAGCUUAUUGUGCAAAGCAAGUUGAUAAUAUGGGAUGAAGCUCCAAUGAUGCACAAAUUUUGCUUUGAGGCCCUAGAUCGAACGAUGAGGGAUUUGUUGCGUUUAAAAAAUCCAAGGAGUUAUGAUAUGACAUUUGGUGGUAAAACAGUUGUGUUCGGUGGGGAUUUCAGGCAGAUUUUACCAGUUAUUCCGAAGGGUACAAGACAGGAUAUUGUCCGUGCAAGCAUUAGCUCCUCAUACCUAUGGAAAUUCUGCAAAGUAUUUAGGCUAACUAAGAAUCUACGCCUAAGAAGUGUACAAUCACAAAUCGAGUGUAGAGAGAUCGAGGAGUUUGCAAAAUGGAUAGCUAAUAUAGGUGACAGAAUUGUUGGUAUUCAAUGUGAUGGUGGGUCAGAUAUUACAGUUCCUGAACAUUUAUUGCUGAAGUGCGAGGAUGACCCUAUUGCCACAAUUGUUGAUAGCACCUUCCCGAAUUUUAGACAAGGGAUUGGUGAUUUGUCAUAUCUUAAUGAUAGUGCAAUUUUGGCUCCAACAUUGGAUGUCAUAGAUAGCAUUAACCAAUACAUGAAUGACCAUAAUCCGGUUGAGGGUAAGACAUACUUGAGUUGUGAUUCAGUUUGUAAGUCAGAUUCAAAUGUUAACAUGUUAGCAGAUUUGCACACUCCCGAAUUCUUGAAUAGCCUUAGAUGUUCUGGAGUACCAAAUCAUGCUUUGACAUUGAAAGUUGGGUCACCUGUUAUGCUCUUGAGAAAUAUUGAUCACACACUCGGAUUAUGCAACGGUACAAGGUUGAUUGUUACUAGGUUAGCUGAUCACAUGUUGGAAGGCAAGAUCAUGUGCGAGGCAGAUGUCGACGGGUAA